AUGCCCAAGAAGGUGCCUUCACUCUCCUUCGCUGGCCUCCGUCCAUCGCUUCAAGGAUGUUCAGGCCUUGGAGCACCGCCACCCGAGGAGCCAGGCCAGUCGGCAGUUCUGGGAGCCACACCGGUGCCUCCUCCGCAGGAGAUGAUGUCACCCCCCGUGGAGGUGCACGCUGGCGCUCUGUCGUCGGCAAACGAAAAAUCGAGCUCCGGUGAGGACAGCUCGCUUGCCGACGAGGACGUGGCAGAAAGCCAAAAACAGGAUGAGGAGCUGGACAGCAGUGAUGAAGAUCUUUGGGAAGAGGGUGAAGCGCCCGAAGUAAGAUCUCCGGCUGCGAGGUCCCCCGUCAAGCACGUGCCACAGCUUUCCCUGACGGGGCUGCGCUCCAGCCUCCAGGGCUCCGCGCUUAUGGGGCUGCCGCCUCCGGAGGAGCCAGGCCACGGAGCCGAUGCAUCGCUGCCGCCACUGCCGGAGGCAGCGUUGCAGGAAGGCCCCGGUCCGGCCUCGGAUGUGCCGCCGCCUCCUGUGCCACCCGCAGAGCUCUGUGUCGGCGUGAUCCACCAAAAUGUAUUCUAUUUCGAGGGAAGGCAGCGACGAAGAAUCUACCAGGACGUGGAGCUCCACGCGCUCAUCCUGACUCUUAUCCUCACGCUUCUCCUCUCGCCGGGGCGAGGCUUGCUGGAUCCAAGUUACUCCGAUCAGUACCCUACCCACCGGCACCGACGGAACAUUCCCUUUCUCCUCAGCGCACACCUGAACCACAGUGCCAACAGGAGUGUCCUGCCGUGGGUCUUCCAGCAGGUGGAUCGAAUCGGGCGCAUUGGUGAGCUACGGCUUUUGAAGCUUCUCGUCGAGUCGGCCAUGCACCGCUGGAUGUACACCAACAUGCGGGUGGUGGGCCAGGGGCAGUUCGGGACUGUGAUGCAGAGCGGCGUAACUCUGGGCAGUCAUGGCAACCUUCAGGUUGCCAUCAAGCACAUCCCGAAGCAAACAAAUAUCCAGGAUCGUUGUGUUCUGGUCGAUGUCUUCAAUGAAAUCACCUGCUUGGACACAGUGCGCUUCGAGGACCACCUCUGUCAAAUCUUCGACUUCGGUGUGGAGGAGUCUUGCUAUUGGAUUGUGAUGAAGUGUUAUGGCACCACGUUGAAGAGGUGGCGAGAGCAGCUCAUCGGGACUUUGAGCGAUCAUCUUCCGGUACUGCUGGGCAUUUUCAAGCAGAUACUGGAGGCUGUGGCCGUGCUGCACAAGCAUGAUAUCGUGCACUAUGAUCUCAAGUGCGACAACAUCAUGAUUGAAGCAGCUCACAAGUCCUCCAGUCCGGGCAGCGACAUCGAUGAUGGCACCGUCGCGGAAUCGGAUGGAGCAGAAGAGGUCCCGCGAAUAGCGGUGGUAGACUUCGGCGAGUCGCGCAUGAUGGAGAAUCCUUUCGAGCUGGACCUGCGCAAUCGGGGGACAGAGAUCAUCAAGGGCCCCGAGAUGCUGGAGCUCGACUUCGUGAGUCGCCGUGACUCGAAGGCGCACGACAGACGGAAGCGCGUUGGCACCAACAAGGCUGCCGACAUCUGGUCCCUGGGUUGUCUCUUCUUCGAGCUGCUGACCGGUCGCUUCCUGUUCGAGGAUUAUGACUUCGCAACGCAUUGGGCAUGUGCCACUGGCAAGUCCGGGCAAGAUGUUGUCAACGAGGCAAACGAGCGGCGGCUGGAGAACAAGGGACCCUUGCUGGAAUACCUGCGGUACUUGCUCGUUCGCGAUGCAGAUCGGCGGCCAACCAUCGGGAUGGCCAGCAAGAGGUUCGACAGCCUGGCAAGUUGCCUGACGGGCUCAGCUGCCACUGGCAGCCCCGACUCACCCGGCAGCUCGGACCAACGUGCUUCAGGCUUGAACACGCCAGACACACCCCGCAGCAUUGCACACAGCCUGGGAAGCGCCGGGUCCGUCGCCCCGCGGCAUCGGGCAGAUAUGCCCGACAGAGCCCUGAGCUGUGCAGCAGCAGGGGACAGCGAAGGCUACUUUGCCAAGGUUUUGUCGAACCUGAGCAUUCUGGAAGUGAGCGAUGAGGAUCUCCAGAGUGGUCUCGGUGCCCUUCGCUGUCGACUCCGCCAACACGCGUGGACCCAUGUCCUCGACUUCCGCUCUGUUGGAGCAAUUGAUCUGCCACUUCAGGCUGCGCUUAUGGAGGGCGCAGUUGAGGAGCUCAAUCGGGAGAUUUUCGACCUGGACGUUCCGUCAGAUCAACUGCAGACGCAGUGGCGCAGGAUACUGUACUUGCGCGAGCGACUUGUCAGCCAUCGGCUUGAGAAAGCUGCGAGAAGAACUACUGUUUCUCAACAUCCGCAGCCUCCUGCAGAUCCGGUGAAGGCCCCAGGCAGAGAUUGCCGGCAGGUCAACUGGAUAGGGAAACUGCAGGAGCUGUACGCGAAGGCUACGCAAAGACCUAUCCAAAAAGGUGACAUUACAUUCAGUACCCAGGAAGUGGCCACGCCAACUACACCAACUUCGAAGGAGUUUCGAUCCGUGGUGGAGGCCGACAUUUUUCGAUAUCCGUACCAUGGGGAACUGUGUCACACCAAGAAAAUGGCCGAACAUUCAGCUGCGUAUGCUGCCAUUUGUUCCGAAUUUCCUGAGUUCGACCCUCGCCAGCCUGAGCGGGCACAACAGCAACAACACUUCAAGCACAAAAGCAACUUGCACGAGGAAGUGAAGGCUCGAGUUGACAGAGAGAUCACUCGCGAGGAUUUGCCCUAUGACACAAAAACCUUCGCAGAGUCGCCCACCGGCAACGGCUGGCAGUACCAGUCCACAGUUACGUUGCGGUGCCUCGACGGCUCUAUGCACACCGGCCGCUGGCAGCCGACGCGCAAGCUCGCGGAGCAGUCUGCUGCCGAGGAGGCUCUCGCAGCCCUUCCGGACGUGAAGAGAGACGAAUGGAAGGACCGGCACACAAGUGUGUCCAGAGUUUUCUUCUUUUGUUCUUGCCAGUCUCGAACCCUCGAAGUCACCCGGGAUCGCAUCUCUUUUCUCCCAAGGUCUCGAAGCACUGUCAUAGCACCGUCACUGCUCCAGUUGAGAGCUCAUGUGACGGCGAACCGGCCAAGCAGCAAGAGUUCAGCAGUUGCAUGGAGUCGAAGCUUCAAUGAGAUCAAUGUCACGAAAGCUCGAGGCCAAGGGGUUUUCAUUUGA